GUCAAGGCUACCCACAAUGCCUCGCGACGGGUUUCACGGUUAGCCCUUUUGGCUCAUGAGCUCAUCGUUGUCAAAAUUUAUUUGAAAGAGCAUAAGAAAUCAUACUUCAUGAAUCGGAACCAACAUGGCCAACCGGGACAAAAACAAAUCAAAGAUGUCCACCAGAAAUGAUGAUGUGACCGAUAUAGAUUUCUCUGUCAUUCGCACAGCAAUUCAGACUGGUGGCAAGAUGGUUGACCAGAUUAUCAAUGGAAUACACUAUGGCAGUCCUGAGGUGAGACUUUUGCUUCAGGAUGAGUGUGAUAUCAUUCUUGAGUGUCGUGUGUGCCGCGCCCUUUUUCGGGGCCUGCCAAAUUUUAUUGCCCACAAGCGAGUCUACUGCUGCCAGGCCUAUGCCUCCCACAGUUCACAAUCUAUUGUGCCUCUUCCUAGCAGUAGCACAGUGGAGGAAGUAGUUAUUGUUGAACCAAGUGAACCAGGAGAGCUGCACACAUCUAAAGUAGACAAGCAAACAGGAAACAAAGGCAAGAGCAGCAAAGAAAUAAAGAAAGCAGGAAAACAAAGUGCAGAUCGGACCAAGCCGGUGACAGCAGCUACAAGAGCUUAUCGCAAGAACUGUGAGAAAAUUCCCAGCGAGAGGUCUUCACAGCUGUCAGAUGUGCCAGAGAAAGACUUGAGCUCCUCUCUUUCUUCCAAUUGUCAAGUCAUCAGUAAAAGCUCAGAAGGAGCAGUCAGUGAAGGUGAUGCUGCAAGUUCUGUAGAGCAAAGGUCAGAUACCAGUGUUUCUGGAAAAUCACAAGCUUCAAUCCUUUAUAAUGCAGCAAUUGCUAAGGUUGAAAGAGAAAAAGCCCAGCAAGAAGUCACAGCCUUGCAGCUGACUCAAAUUCCCUCCAACCCUAAUGCCGUGUUUGUUUCACAUGCAGAAAAUUCUGAAACUGUAACUCCUACACUUGCAGUUGAUGGGAAGGAAACUUUAACUUCAGAAUCUUCAUCAACUUGUGCAAGUGAUUUGGUGUUAGAAGGAUUACUUCCUCAUGCUAGAGAGAGUUUAGCAAAGGUUGAUUCUGCACAGCCUUCAGAUAGUGCACAAGGAGAGCCUAGAAAACAAACUUCAGAAACUAAUCACAGUUCUGGACCAUCUGACAAUGUCACCACUGGAAGAUAUUUUGUGGAAAAGACCACAUUAAAGAAUGUGACACAGGUUGUCAGGGAACUGCGACAAAAGAAAGUGGAGAGAUUAAGAGAUGACCAUAUUACACUUACCCAGGAUGCAAAAUCAUCCACUAAAAUCCCACCAUCUUUCAGGCAGCCCACAUUGCCUGUUUCAAGAAGCAGUGCCUCGGAGUCAGUGUAUGGAUCAUUAGAAGAGAAGGCAAAUGGAGAGCAGUUUGUUUCUGGUUCUCGGUCGUGUUUUUCUACCAGCAAAGAGACAAACUCCAUAACCAUAUUGUCACAAGGAGGUUCUGAUGGACUUUAUGCCAAAGCUGUGGUGAAACGCUGCUUGACAGGACAGCUUGGGGCAGUUCGAACAUCACCCCUCAAACUGGAUAUGGACGGUAGCAAUGAUGACUACACUAGCAGCAGCUGUAGUGAAGAUGUAGAUGUCCACCCUUUGUGUCGCUUGCGAAAACGGGAAGGAAAAUCCCGAUACGAGUCAGCAAUGGACUUGGACAACUUGCGAUGCCGUUUGUGUGAAAUAGAUUUCUCAAGGCGUCGAUCCCUAAUUUAUCAUUGCCAGGCUCGCCAUUCUGGGCAUCGAACCAUAUUUCCUUGCCCCUACUGUCCAGGGGUCUUCUACUACUUUUGGGGCCUGACAAGACAUCUUAACACAAAUCACAAAAAGUCACAUUCUGAAAUAGAUCGCAUGAGAAAAAGCUUGCGGGAGAAAGCUUAUAAACAAGACGUGACUUCAUCUAAAUCAGCAACCUCACCAAAAAAACAUGCUUCAAAGAAAUUACCUAUCAGUUCUUCUGAAGAUAAAAUGACUAGUGGAAAUGAAAAGGCUAUCCAAAGAGCUCGACCUAGUCUUCCAGCUAAAAAACUUGUGUCAGCUGUAAAGACUGUCCCUGACUCAACAACGCAAAGCAGUGUGGAUGAUGAUGUUGGCACAUUAGAGAGUAAAUCAUCAUCUCUUCCAAAUACUACUACAGCACGAGUUUGUAGAAUUAGUCAGGCUGCUGACAGAUCCAGCAAAGAAGAGUCAGAAAACAUCUAUCGAAAGGUAUACAAUAGUGUUCCUAGACGGAGAUCACCAACAUUUGGAAACAAAAUAACCAGACAUUACAAUAAGUAUACAUCAUCCCCUGCCGGUAAGGCAUAUUUUGUAACCACUGUUAAAGAGCAGGAAAGCACACACAUGACAGCAAAGGUUCUGGAAGGAAGUGGAAAAAAAGAGAGGCUCGAGACCUGUAAGUCUGUAACAUCAGAAGUCACAGUGAUUGCUGUCCCUUCAGCAUCUGUACAAUCAGAGUCUGCAGCAGGCAAAGAGAAAAAUGACCAGUCACCUGACAAAGAAGAACAUGACAAAUCAGCUGACAAAGAAGAACAUGACAAAUCAACCGACAAAGAAGGACAUGACAUGCUAGAUAAAAAUGCUACUUCAGUGAGCAUCACUCUGCAGUCUCAACCAGAACAGUGCUUGUCAGAGAUGAGAACUGAGGAAAAAGGUUUAGUUACAAACAAAAAGGCACAGACAUCUUUGGCCCAGCCUGAACUUGUUCCAUCGCAGAAAAAAAAACAAGGUCUAGAGGUUGAUGUGAUGGAUUUGGGAACAGAGCCAUGUUCAAGGGGCAGUUUGCCAGAGAUGGUUGAUCGUUCUGUGCCCACAAAGCCUGAAGAGCACAACCCUGUUCCUAACCUUCUGCAUAUUUGCCCACACUGCCAGCGAGCGUUUGGUCGUAAAAUAAGUUUAAUGUCUCAUGCCAAAAUCUGCAAAAAAGUCUCUUCUGUUGCAUCUACAGGUUCCAGGGCCACAGCUCAAAAUGAAACCCAAGUACAGACACGAAAUUCAAAAGGUGUGAAUCUGCGUAGUACUCGAAACAUGCAUGUACAAGGUCAUCUUACUGCUCAGCACAACACUGUGCUGAUCGGUGGGAGUAAAAAGAAAGCUGGAAUACCAAGCAACACAAAAGAAAGAAAAGAAUCUCAAAGCAGACAAGCUCUUGAAGAAAACAGCACUAUAGACAAGACAGCUGUGGUAUCACAAUCUCUGGCAACUCCUAGGGUCAAAGCUUCUCGAAAUAACAGCUUUGUAGGAGCAAGGCCAAGUCAAGAAUCUGAAAGUAAGCGAACUUUAAGAGGAACAACACAGAGCACCAUCCAUCAAAUAGUAAUGCAGCCAUGUGCACAUGGAAUGCCCAGCACUGAAAGUGUUUCCAGUAACAUAGAGCUCACUCUUAAUUCUGGGUCUUCUCAACCUUACACCCCAGUUGGAAGAAAAACAUCCAGACCAGCAAGCACAAGCCUCAGCAAUCCUAGAUCUAGCAGGGAAAGUUCUGUUGAUAGCAGAAACAGUGAUGUGAGGCCAGACUCUGCUCGAAGAAUGUCCAGAAGGACCCAGGAGGAUGGCAGUUCAAGGACAGGAUCCAGCAGAGAGAGUUCUGUUGAGAGCACAAGCAGGUACCCAAGUGUGGGCGUCAGAGACGAAGCACCCAGAGGACGGGGCCGACAAGUGUCGUACACAGACAGCAGCUCCAAGGCCAGCUCAAGUCGAGAGAGCUCAGUGGAAAGCAGAGCUGGUAACAUGAGCCGCGAAUAUUUUAAGAAAGAUAAGAAUGAGAAAGUUUUAGCACCCACUGAUUUGUGCAACUCUUCCUGGACAAAGACCAAUAAUGUUGAAAACAAGCAGGUGCUUGGUGAAACAAAAUUUGCUAUCACUCCGUCAGAAAACAAAACAAAGCAGAUAAGCUCUCUAGAAGCUAGUUCAUCACCAGACUUUUCACUGCAGUCCUCAACAGCCUUAAACACAGGCAUGGAGGAAAUGUCAUCUAGCAGUGUGGUUGAGGAAAUACGCCAGAACUCUGCAUCAGCUGACUCAUCGAGCAGAAAUUCCCUUAAACCACUGCCACAAACCAGCCUAUCACUGCCACAGAACAAGCCACCACGACCACAGGGCUCUGCCAUCAAAAGACCAACAGGGCUUGAUCAACAUGUGGAAUCUUUGUCAAAACAUCUGUGGGGAGAGAAAGAUCCAUCAGUAAAUACCUUGCCUGUCUCCAUUUCCAAAGUGAUGAGAGCAGCACAUGGCAAGAAUAUAGAAGGACAUUUAAGUCUAAAUCAGCAGGCAUGCUUGACAGGUGGAUGCACCCUUCAGCGACCUCAGAGAAAACGAAGAGCACCUUCCAGAAUAGCUGACAGCUUGGAAUAUAGUUCAGGAAAAGAUUCUGCUAAAAAAGGCAACCUGAUUGUCAAUCAAGACCUUGAAGAAGGCAGCUCUAUGUCAGGGCUAAGCACAAGGACACUAGAGAAGAGCAAGGGAGAGGCUGAUGGCCAGAGUUUUGAGGAAAUGGAGAGUGAUGAGAAGACAGUGCGGCUGGUGGAAGAAAUCUGGGUAGACAAAAAGCCAGGCCGCCCCUCAGAGCGCAUCCGUUCAAAUCGUAUUUAUGUGGUGGAGCCUGCGAGAGCAGGCCGCUUAACCUGUCAAGACACGCGCAAGGUGGGUCAGAUUGUGGAUGAAGCUGGUCUGUACUGCAUGCAGUGUCUGCAGAAAUUCACCAGCAUCUCCAACUUGCGCAGGCAUGCCAUCAGACACCUUGGCUGGCGCCGCUUCAAGUGCCGCCUUUGCCGAUUUUGUUCAUACAACCGGUCAGAGUGCAACACUCACAUUCUGCGAUCUCACCCUGAACGGUUACGAUCAUGCAACAGCAAUGCCAGGGUUGAGUCUUUUAUCACAGAUCUUAACCGCCAGGCUGCCAGCGUCCGAAGCAACAAGAAACGGCGUACCCUUAUUGUUCGCCAAGGGGAGGAAGUCUUCCAGAAUGCAUAUGCACGACCAAAGUCUAGGAAAAAGAUGACACCAAUACCAGUAGACAAAGAGAGGGAAAAGGAAACUAACCCCAUCUCAAAAAGUAUAUCAAAGUCAACAGAAGCAUCCCUAUGUACACCAGCUGGAUAUUCAGAAAAUCUGCAGAAAUCAUCCUCAUCUCGGGAUGAACAAAAGCGUUUGAGAGCAUCUUCAACUUAUUUCAACAUAUCCACUCGUAGUUCACCUCGAAAAUUUGACACUCGUCCCUAUAAGGAGACUGACGCUAUGUCCCAUCUGUACACUCGUAACAAAUUUUAUCCAAAGCCUACUGUUGCCACUUCUACAGCAACUCAUCCUGGACACUCCUCCGGGAAAGAAACUGCUAGUGGAAGCCAAGAGAAUGAUGUGAACCUGGCAACUUUAGAUCACGUUAGUCUGUGCAAGAAACCAAAAGACCAAUGCCUUGAUAAAAAGGAUCCAAAGACAGCUAGCUCAGGAAAGAAUAAGUCCAGCAGCUCCAAUGUUAAACUAAUUCAAGAAUCAGAUGAAGAGGAUUAUCUGUGUGGAGACAAAUGUGAACCAUUGAUAACUCUUGCCAACAUUGAGACCUCUGAGCAAGCUAUGCCUCACAUAGCACUGACAGAAGGUAUAAUUAUAGUUGAUGAGGAUGCAGGUGUGCUCACUGAAAUUGUAACCACAACAGAUUUUCCAGUGGUAACCGGUCUAGCUCUUGCAGAAAGAGUUCCUUCUCCUGUGCAGACUUUUGAUAUUAUUUCAGAAACAUCCUGUGAUGUGUGAUUCAGUUAGCAUUUGACAUUGCAAAACUGAUUAUUUUGCUCCAGAUGGUUGAAAAUCUCCACUUGAUUUUCAGUAAGGUAGAUGUGAAAACAUUUCUGUGGGUUGUUCAUUUGGAAAUAACUUUUUUGUGUUUAUUUCAAUAGUAAGACGUUUCCUUUGUUGUACAUAAACAGGUUACUGUAACUAUUAAGAGAUAGUUACUUUGGAGAUAAGAAUGGAAAUCAACAUUCUUUUGUUAGCUUUAAAAUGCUGCUGGGGAAGUGCUUAAUAUCCACUGGAUAAGCAUCAAUGUUUUUUUUUUUCAUUUGCUUCUUGGCUCUCUGCAUGCAUUCAGUGGUUGUACUUCUCCAAGGCUACUUUGGCUGUAAUAAGAAAAAAAUCUGUAAAGCCACCCACCGUUGAAUGUUUUGUGGUCUGUACUUAAGACAGAUUCAGUGUUAUUCUGAUCUUGCUUGAGUAAUCUUUAAAUGGCAAUGGCGCCAUUGUGCUGGUGUAUUGUUACUGAGAAGCUCAAGGUUUGAGUACAGCCUUGUUUUUCCAAGCGUGAAAGUUUUCCCCACAUAAAGUGUGCUUUCAAAAUCUUAGUGGAAUUACAGUUAAAUGUUGCAAAUCUGUAUUCCUGCACAAUAUAAGUUAUCUCUCCACACACACAUGUAUGCAAGAGGAGAGAAUGUGCAGAGACAAUGCAUGCUUAUGUGCUUCCACCAGAAGGCUUACUAGGUCGUGAUAAUAGCACAAAUUGAAGGAGUAAGUAGCUGUUUAUUUUGAAGUUUGAAAUGUUAUUCUGCCUGUGCUGUGUGGUCUGAUGGUGCAGUUGUUAGCAUCUGUUACCAAUAUAGUGAGGACUGGCUCUCCAUCAUUCAUGUCUCGUCUUCGGCAUGCUUUCUUUUUUUUUUUACUUGUGGCACCUAUUUACAGGACUGACUGCCUUGCUGCGGUGUAGCCUUAGUCCUGACUCAGUAUCAACCACAAUUCUUUUUGCUGUGCUGUACAACUGAGAAAAAAAAAAAGCUUAAUCUAUCUUGCCAUAAAAAUUGAAAAAGCGUUUUACAAAUGUUAUUGAUUCUAUAUGUGCUGUACAUCUAAGAAAAAACAAUCCCAAUUUAUCCAUCUUUAGAUUACAGAGGUCAUUUAAGUGGUUUUGUAAUUAUUAGAUUUCAAGACAUCUUCAAUAAAAUACUAGCUUGAACUAAUGUUUAAUUAUCACUCAAUUUACUAAAGACAUCCAUAUUUGAGAGAAAAAGAGAAAUUACAAUUUGCUAUUUCUAAAGUACUAAGCUUCAGAUAACCUUUGGAGAAAGAAAACAUAUUUUACAAUAUUUAAUUUCUGCGUCCCAAUGGUUAGGUAAGCAAAAAUAUACAGCCUUUGAACUUGUUCCAAAUCUUGCUAUUUAGAUGAACUUGUGGUUAUCAUAGUAGAUAACAAGUUGAUGUAGAGAGGAAAGUAACUUAAUGCUGCUUUAUUUUAGAUGUAGACAGGGGAGUGACAUAAAAUAGAGGCAUAUUUUACAUGUCAUUUAGGCAACCUUUUUUGUGAAAUAGGUUUAAUCAGAGGAAUAAUGUUACAAAUGUGUCUAAAAAUGCUGACUCUUAAAGUCCCAAGUCUCUAACCUUAUGUUUCCCUUUUUUAUCUUUACUUUGUGGGGGGUGGGGGACAGCAUUUGUGUUGCUGCUCUUCAUUGUUUAUGAUCUUCAGAAUUUUGCAAUAAAUGCCUCUUCAAUUAUUACUUUGCAUUGUUUAGGUUCAUUUUAUUUGCAGUGAUGCUGGAACUUCCAUAAUUAGAUCUCACAUUAUGUCCUCAGGAAAUCUGAGUUUUGUAUGAGUAGCUUUAAGGCUACAUGGAUUAAACUGUUGGGUCUUUCUUUGCA